UUUCAUUUAAUUCAUCAUGAACUUUAACGACGAUCCCCUUGCGGAACUUCUGAGCGACAACAGCCUCGACAAUGACAACUUUUUUGAAACUCCAGCGGGUGGAGGGCACAAGAAGCCACCGAAGACAGCGAAGCCUAAGGGAAAGCUGGAGGAUUUGUUUGGCAUUCAAGAGGAAACGGAGGCGGACGUCCAGGGGCAAGGGGCUCGGAACAAGCCCACUGCCACCAGCACACCAAGAAUUGUCAAGCAGAAGCCUUCCAUUUCGUUGGACGACGAUGCAGCGGACGAUGAUGACUUGGGCUUCGAUCCCAAGAGGCCUAAAAGUGGUGGCGCCAAGAAGAGCCUUUUCGACGACCUCCUGUCCAGCAGCGUUGAGCCUAAGAAGAACAUUUUCGAUGAAAUUCUGACGGGUUCCACCGAUCCCAGUAAGCGUCCUGCCACUGCUAAGCCCUCGAUGUCCCGCCAAUCCACAGACACUACCACAGAUAACUCUCAAGCUAGGCCCAAGACAUCCACGGGGCGGAGGAGCUCUGCCCAAUCAGCCACUAUUAAUGUUGAUCCCCUUGGACUUUUUGGCAAGGACACGAAUGCCACUGUUUCGGGUAUGUCCACGCCGGUUUCCAGGAAGAGGGGCACCACUGCAGACUGGCUAGGUCUGGAGGCAGCUGCCGCCUCUGCGGUGGAAGCAGUGGAACAGCUAGAGCACCUUCCAGUCGCUCCCAAACCGCAAACCCCCAAGAGACAGCCCUCUACAGAAGUUCCUAUUAAGAACGUAGCUGACAUCCUCCGACUGCCUGACGCCGAGGAGGCCGAACCAGACCUGGAUCUGGCUGCUCCUCCGGGAUCGUCUGCGGUGACUGCUGCUACACAGAAUAUACUGAUGCUCAGCAAUCUCAAUCUGGAGAGUAAUCACAAGUUUAAUGCCCUGCAGCAGCAGGAAGCACAGCUGGUCAUUGCGGCGCAGAUGAAGAACCAGGAACGCACCCUCUUGGAGAUGCAGCGACGCCAGGAGAAGCAGGAUCGAAAGUUCCAAGCCCUGAUCCAGCAGCAGCUACAGCGCCAACAGCAAAUGGAGGAGCAUAUAAAGGGUCAGCAGGAACGAAUAAACAUGCACAUACAGCUGAUGAUGUCGCAGCCUGUCCAUGUUCAGGAAGUGGCUCCUGAAACCGCAGAGAAACGGGAGACCGAGGAAAAAGUUGUCACCAAGGAGGUCAGCAAGGAGCAGGAGCACUGGCUCCAGCUGGAAACAGAGGCCAAGCGUAAUCAGCUGGAAAAGCAGCGCUUGGAGGAGCUGGUGGCAAACAUGAAGGUUAACUAUGAGCAGGAGAUCGAAAUGAUUGAUGCCUCGUACAAAAAAAAAAUAAAGGUCCUCGAGGACCACCUGGCCGCCGUAGAGGAUCGACUUAAAACCGAGAACACCGAAUUGCAACAGUAUUAUAUCGGCAAACUGGAGAAGCAAAAGGAGGACUGCGUGGAGCAGAUAUCCAACCUGAAGCAAGAUCACGAGGAUGAGGUUCGUAAGCUGCGUCACUCCCAUGAGCUGGACAUUGAAGGGAUUCGACAGGCCAAAAUGUUGGAGCUGGCAGCUGUUCAGGAUCAUGGCAACUACCUGGAGACUCUUCGACUGGCCUCUAGCAAUCUCCAAGAGCUGAGAGACGGAAUGACUGGUACUCAGGAGAGGGAACGCCAGUUGGAGGCUCGAGAGCGACGCCUGGCCGACCAGGAGAGGCGCUUAAAGCUUGAAGAAGAGACGGCCGACGAGGAAAAGCGUCGUUUAAUGGAACUCGUGAGCACUCUGGAGUUGCAGUUGGGCCGACUCUCCAAAGACUCUGCCGAGGAGAACUGGCAGCUGCGCCAGCGCAUGGCCAGCUUGGAGGCGGAGCGCAAGGCCUUCGAGCGUGAGAAGGAGUUCCACCGCGAGCAGAUGAAGCGGGAUGAGAAGCGAGUUGAGGAGCUCAAGUCCAUACAGCUGGAGCAGACGGAGCGACUGCAUCACGACCUUCAGCAGGAGCGCACCCAACUGGCAGUGGAUCGACAGCAGUUGGAGCUGAAGCUGAAAUUGCAUGAGCACGGCGACCUGGACAAGGAUCGUCUUGAGCUGGAGGCCCAACUAAAGGUGGCCCGUGAUGCUAUUCGGCGGGCGGACGAGGAGCGGGAUCGCAGCCACAAGUUGCAGCGUGAGGUAGAGCAGCGCAAGCGUAUCCUGCUGGACAGGGAGAACGCUCUAAACCUCAAGGAGGACGAGCUUGCUCAGGCCAGCGGCGCCUAUCGCGUUGCCACUAGUCGCACCCACAUGGCGGAGCAAAGGGCCCGCGAGGCCGACCAGCUGCUCCAGGCCAAGCUGCAGCUAAUGGGGAAGCGGGCCAAUGAGAUUGCCGAGAAGGAGGCCCAGCUGGCUCAGGAGCGAAUGCUCUUGGCUCAGGACCGCUUAACCCUGCACAAUCUCAAGAAACAAAUAGCUCGCAGCCGAUGUGCUCUCUGCAAAAUGGGAGCGGACAGUGCUGAGCUUGCUCUGCGCACAGAUCGAAAGAAUAAUGCGCUGACCACCACGGAUCCUCUGCUGCUCCCGAUGCAGCCCAGCAAGGCGGAGCUCCUGCUCAAAAUGGCAGCCAGUGAGCCGGGGCAAGCUCAGAGCGAUAUUGUAGACCGAAUGCUGGACGAGAACAUCGAAGCUUCCUAUCGCAGAAUGUACAAUGCGCCACCCAGCAGUUCCCUGGAUGAUGUAGACUUUGGCCUGGCUGGUGGGCUUGACGAUGACUCCAAGGUGGCCAUGGACCACGGAAGAAACUUGGACAUGGACCAGGAUUUCCUGGCUAACUUUAAAUGAAAUCAAAUAUGAUUUUUUGACGAGAUUGGGUCUAAAGUAAAUUAAACACACUACUUUUUAAUAUUUAA